GACACGCGUCGGUGCGCCAUUGGACAGAGCGGACCUGGGGGCGUUCCUUUUCUAGUCCGCCCCGGGCGCCGCCUCCUCUCCCCCCCUCUCCCUAGUUCGAAAGCCCCCAGCGCCACGAGACAAGCGGCGACGCAAGCAGCCAAGCAUAGAUUUGACCAUUUGAAAAGUUUCCAAUUGUAAACUUUGAAGAUGUCGGCACCUGCGGAGCUUUCCCGUGAGGAGAAUGUGUACAUGGCCAAGCUCGCUGAGCAGGCAGAGAGGUACGAGGAGAUGGUCGAGUUCAUGGAGAAGGUGGCCAAGACAGUUGACUCCGAGGAGCUCACCGUGGAGGAGCGCAACCUUCUCUCUGUUGCGUACAAGAAUGUGAUUGGCGCCCGCCGUGCCUCUUGGCGCAUUAUCUCCUCCAUCGAACAGAAGGAGGAGAGCCGUGGCAACGAGGACCGGGUCACACUCAUCAAGGACUACCGUGGCAAGAUCGAGACUGAGCUUACCAAGAUCUGCGAUGGCAUCCUCAAGCUGCUCGAAACCCAUCUUGUCCCCUCUUCCACUGCCCCUGAGUCCAAGGUCUUCUACCUUAAGAUGAAGGGUGACUACUACAGGUAUCUGGCAGAAUUCAAGAGUGGGGCUGAGAGGAAGGAUGCUGCUGAGAAUACCAUGGUGGCAUACAAGGCUGCUCAGGAUAUUGCUUUGGCUGAGCUGGCUCCAACUCAUCCAAUUAGGCUUGGACUGGCACUAAACUUCUCGGUCUUCUAUUAUGAGAUCCUCAACUCCCCUGAUCGUGCUUGCAAUCUUGCAAAGCAGGCUUUUGAUGAGGCCAUCUCGGAGCUGGACACCCUGAGCGAGGAAUCCUACAAGGACAGCACAUUGAUCAUGCAACUCCUUCGUGACAACCUGACCCUGUGGACUUCCGACAUCACGGAGGACACUGCGGAGGAGAUCAGGGAGGCUCCGAAGGGUGACUCUGGUGAUGGGCAGUAAAGCCAGUUUUACCUGCCCUGGGCUGGAAACUACUAGCUAGUGUUUGCUUACUGUCUAAUGACGCUAUGCACAGUCCGGGUCCUGGUUUCUUUGGUGCACUGUUGUUAGCCUUGGUAUGGUUAUCGUCCGCAAAAUUCAGGGCUCCCCGUAUGUGGUGUUGCUAGGGGAAAGUUGUCGCCGCUUGUAUCAACAGACGGAGACGGGCUGGGGACGGGGAUGGGGACGGGGAUGGGAGCCCGUUUGCACUGUUGGUGGCAGUUCGUAUUUUCGGUCUGCCUUUUUAUUGCUGUUAUUGUGAUUGGUCUGGCGUCUAUGUCUAUCCUCUGCUUCUGUUCUUUUGUGGUAUGUUCGUGAGGGCGCCAAUCGAUAGUUGCUCUGCUUCA